AUGUCUAUUUCCACAACCGAACACGAUGCAUAUUUAGUCGAAAACUGGGACACCGAGACCCUUGUCCUUUACCUGCAAGAGCAGGGCCUAAAGCUUGACGAUGAGGACUUCGCUAUUAUCCGCAAAGAAAAGAUUGAUGGUCAGGUCUUUCUCGAUAUGACCGAAGAAAAGUUCCGUAGUUAUGGACUUGCGGGUGGACCGGCAAUGAAACUCGCAAAAGAAGCCAAAUCCCUCAAGACCAUGCCGAAGCGUUCAUUCUCCUCAUACCACAGUUUGAAAGAAGUGCUAACAAAAUAUGGUAUGGAAUCCGAAGGCAUAGAGGCGAUCCCUUUAUUCACUCUUCCAACCUAUGAAAUUCAAGACAGCGAUCCAAAUUUCAAGCAUUGCAUGGCGGAAAUUUUGGUCAGGUUGAAAAAUUACGGACCUUUGCACGAAGACUGUUUAGAGGCAAUGCGCAAUGAGUAUGUCGUGGCGAUCCUACAUUCAGCACUCAAUAUAACAAGAAAAGAUACAGAAAAAGAAUUUAGCAUGCGUUCUCAACAGGAAGUCAUCGGAGAAGAAAGUUCUGGGCGUGUCGAUUAUGCAAUCAAGGUAGGAAUAAGUCCAGGCGAAAUUUCUAAAGGUAGUAAAAUGCCGUUAAGCAUUGGAUUUACCGAUGAUGCCUUAGAAAAAGAUUCUAACGAAUAUCUGGCACUAUAUAACGGCGUGAAAAAGGUUUUAGGUGUAGUUGUUGGCUUGUUAAGGGAUAGGGCGUGUGUGGAAAAAUCACCAUCAAACCUAAAUGGUCGUUUUUUUCGUCGAUCAUUUCCCUACCUUUCUAUUUCUACCUCAUACACAAUUUCGGGCCGCUAUAUGGGUCUAUCAUCUGAUCAUAUCUUUGUCAUUACCUUACAGACACGAUCUAUGCCUCUCUCCAACCUUCGUACCUUCGCAUAUACUAUCCUAAAAAACCUUAAUGAUGAGGCCGUCAAAGAUAAAGAAUUUACUGAAAUAGGAUCGUGUACAGAAUGUGGAAAUGAAAUUAUUACGCUUAUCUACGAACCAUUCACAAUCCUCAUAUGUGGACAUAUCUUCCAUAGAAAGUGUAUCGAGAAAAAUUUUUUACUUACACAGUCAAAUGUAUGUCCCAUUUCUGGUUGCAAUAAAUCUGUUGAGCCUGUGGUUCCCGAACAGAGAAAUUCCCAAUCGAGUGGAACUUCGGAUCUAGCCGAUCUGAUGAGUAGUGAUCUUAAAAUGAAUACUCCAAGAAUUACAAAUGAUCCAAUAGAUACAUCACCAUUACUGAGCGGAGGUAAUCGCGAUAUUGAUCCGAUAUUAUUCGAGAGUGGGACGCAGAAAAAACGAAUUAUGAAGACUGACUCACGGAGUGAGGAAGCUUUACCAUCCGAAUCUGCCUCCGAAUCCAAUACAACAUCAGUUAACUUUCUAAAUUUAUAUCGAAAGAUCAUAGAUUCUGAAGCUGUUAAUAAAAAAACGACUCAAGAUCUUAUACGUAGCUAUUUUCAUUUUGGGAAAGCAAUCGAGGAACGGUAUAAUUACUACAGAAAAGAUUAUCCGAAGCGUACGUCUGAAGGAAAGGUUUCUGAUGAGAUUAGAAAACAGCUUCCAAAUUCGGUUAGUGAAAGCUUACUUCGAAAAACAAAAGAAAGGGCCCUGAAGAUUUAUGAUUUAUUCAAUGAAUUAGGGGAGGAUAAGAUUAAACGAAUUCAGACUUUCACGGCAACAACACUAGCAAAUAUAUCAGGACGAUAUUAA